CGUCCCUCCUCUGCCUGUCUGCAGCGGGAGGACAGGCAGCGGCUCGGCCCAGCUACACCUGAGGGGGCGGCGGCGACAGUGAGGGACAGGCCCGCCCGCCGGAGGGGGUGAGCCCGGGACGGUUCUGCCCCCGCGCUGGGCGAGGUGAGGAGAGGUGCCUGGGAGCACUGCAACAUGGCCUCCGCCGCCUCCUCCUCCUCCUGUCCCGCGGGACGGGGCGGCAGAGACCAGGUUUACCACAAGUUCUACCUUCCAGGAAGCCCUAGAAAGUCUGACACAAAUGCAAGUUACCUGAGAGCUGCUCGAGCUGGCAACUUGGAAAAGGCUCUUGACUACUUAAAAAGUGGAGUGGACAUCAACAUUUCAAAUCAGAAUGGAUUGAAUGCUCUCCAUCUUGCUUCCAAAGAAGGACAUGUAGAAGUUGUCUCUGAACUGAUACAGCGAGGUGCCAGUGUGGAUGCAGCAACAAAGAAAGGAAACACAGCAUUGCACAUAGCAUCCCUUGCUGGACAGGCAGAAGUAGUCAAAGUGUUGGUAACAAAUCGGGCAAAUGUCAACGCACAGUCUCAGAAUGGUUUCACCCCACUGUAUAUGGCAGCUCAAGAAAACCACCUGGAGGUUGUUAAGUUUCUUCUUGACAAUGGUGCCAGUCAAAGCCUUGCCACAGAGGACGGUUUCACACCUUUGGCAGUAGCUUUGCAGCAAGGUCAUGACCAGGUGGUUUCACUGUUGCUUGAAAAUGACACGAAGGGGAAAGUCCGCCUGCCUGCCCUGCACAUUGCUGCUCGCAAAGAUGAUACCAAGGCAGCAGCUUUGCUCCUGCAGAACGACCACAAUGCUGAUGUGGAGUCAAAGAGUGGGUUCACUCCCCUCCACAUAGCUGCUCACUAUGGAAAUAUCAAUGUAGCUACACUGCUGUUAAAUCGGGGUGCUGCGGUGGACUUCACUGCCAGGAAUGAUAUCACACCAUUACAUGUUGCAUCGAAGAGGGGAAAUGCAAAUAUGGUCAAACUCCUACUUGAUCGAGGAGCUAAAAUUGAUGCCAAAACAAGGGAUGGGUUGACCCCUCUCCACUGUGGAGCAAGAAGUGGCCAUGAACAGGUUGUAGAAAUGCUUCUGGAUCGUGGUGCCCCUAUUCUUUCCAAAACCAAGAAUGGUUUGUCUCCGUUGCACAUGGCAACCCAGGGAGAUCAUCUAAACUGUGUUCAGCUUCUGAUUCAGCACAACGUGCCUGUAGAUGAUGUCACUAAUGACUACCUGACUGCGCUGCAUGUUGCCGCCCACUGUGGCCACUACAAAGUUGCCAAGGUUCUCUUGGACAAGAAAGCUAAUCCUAAUGCCAAAGCACUGAAUGGUUUCACACCCCUUCACAUUGCCUGCAAGAAGAACAGAAUAAAAGUAAUGGAACUUCUGCUGAAGCAUGGUGCAUCAAUCCAAGCUGUUACUGAGUCGGGCCUAACUCCAAUCCAUGUUGCUGCCUUCAUGGGACACGUAAAUAUUGUCUCGCAGCUAAUGCAUCACGGAGCAUCACCCAACACGACAAAUGUGAGAGGAGAAACAGCGCUGCACAUGGCUGCCAGAGCUGGCCAGACAGAGGUUGUUCGACACCUGGUACAAAACGGAGCUCAGGUGGAGGCUAAAGCUAAGGAUGAUCAAACACCACUGCACAUUUCUGCUCGACUGGGAAAAGCAGAUAUAGUGCAGCAGCUGCUACAGCAAGGAGCAUCUCCAAAUGCAGCUACAACAUCUGGAUACACACCCCUGCAUCUUUCUGCUCGAGAAGGACAUGAAGAUGUAGCUUCUGUUCUUUUGGAUCAUGGUGCAUCUUUAUCUAUCAUUACCAAGAAAGGAUUUACUCCUCUACAUGUGGCUGCAAAAUAUGGGAAAAUUGAAGUAGCCAACCUCCUGCUUCAGAAGAAUGCAUCUCCUGAUGCUUCUGGAAAGAGCGGUUUAACACCACUGCAUGUAGCUGCACACUAUGAUAAUCAAAAAGUGGCACUUCUACUGUUGGACCAGGGAGCUUCACCUCAUGCAUCUGCCAAGAAUGGCUACACACCACUGCACAUAGCUGCCAAGAAAAACCAGAUGGACAUAGCAACUACACUGCUGGAAUAUGGUGCUGAUGCCAACGCUGUAACCAGACAGGGUAUUGCCCCUGUACACCUUGCCUCUCAGGAUGGCCACGUGGACAUGGUGUCCUUACUCCUUACUAGAAAUGCUAAUGUAAACCUCAGCAACAAGAGUGGGCUGACACCACUUCACCUGGCUGCUCAGGAGGACAGAGUCAACGUAGCAGAGGUUCUUGUUAACCAGGGAGCUUCUGUUGAUGCACAGACAAAGAUGGGAUACACCCCUCUGCACGUCGGCUGCCACUACGGAAACAUAAAAAUAGUGAACUUCCUUCUGCAACAUUCUGCAAAAGUUAAUGCCAAAACGAAGAACGGGUACACGCCGCUGCACCAGGCCGCGCAGCAGGGCCACACUCACAUCAUCAACGUUCUGCUCCAGCACGGCGCGGCGCCCAACGAGCUCACUGUGAAUGGAAACACUGCCCUGGCCAUUGCUAAACGACUUGGCUACAUUUCAGUUGUUGACACAUUGAAGGUGGUGACAGAAGAGACCAUGACUACAAUUACUGUUACAGAAAAGCACAAAAUGAAUGUACCAGAAACCAUGAAUGAAGUUCUUGAUAUGUCUGAUGAUGAAGUUCGUAAAGCCAAUGCCCCUGAAAUACUCAGUGAUGCUGAAUAUUUGUCAGAUGUUGAAGAAGGUGAGGAUGCAAUGACAGGUGAUACGGACAAGUACCUCGGACCCCAGGAUCUGAAAGAGUUGGGAGAUGAUUCUUUGCCAGCUGAAGGAUACAUGGGCUUCAGCCUGGGAGCCCGCUCCGCCAGCCUCCGCUCCUUCAGUUCGGAUAGGUCCUACACGCUGAACAGAAGUUCUUAUGCCCGAGACAGCAUGAUGAUUGAAGAACUGCUGGUACCAGCAAAGGAUCAGCACCUGACGUUUCAAAGGGAGUUUGAUUCUGAUUCACUCAGACACUAUAGCUGGGCUGCAGACACCUUGGACAAUGUUAACCUUGUUUCAAGUCCCAUCCAUUCUGGUUUCCUGGUUAGUUUUAUGGUUGAUGCUCGUGGGGGCUCAAUGAGGGGGAGUCGCCAUCAUGGAAUGAGAAUCAUUAUCCCGCCACGCAAGUGCACGGCACCAACCCGCAUCACCUGCCGCUUGGUAAAGAGGCAUAAACUGGCCAGCCCACCACCGAUGGUUGAAGGAGAAGGAUUAGCAAGUAGACUUGUAGAAAUGGGGCCAUCAGGGGCACAAUUUUUAGGCCCUGUCAUAGUGGAAAUCCCACAUUUUGGAUCAAUGCGAGGAAAGGAAAGAGAGCUAAUUGUGCUUCGAAGUGAAAAUGGUGAAACAUGGAAGGAGCACCAGUAUGACAGCAAACAUGAAGACUUAACUGAAAUACUCAAUGGCAUGGACGAAGAACUGGACAGCGUUGAGGAGCUAGAGAAGAAACGGAUCUGCAGGAUUGUCACAAAAGAUUUCCCUCAGUACUUCGCAGUGGUUUCACGAAUCAAGCAGGAGAGCAACCAGAUCGGGCCGGAGGGUGGGGUGCUGAGCAGCACCACGGUGCCCCGCGUCCAGGCAUCCUUCCCUGAGGGUGCCCUAACCAAAAGAAUCCGUGUGGGGCUCCAGGCUCAACCUGUUCCAGAAGAGAUUGUCAAAAAAAUCCUUGGAAACAAAGCAACUUUCAGUCCGAUUGUCACUGUGGAGCCAAGAAGAAGAAAAUUUCAUAAGCCAAUAACCAUGACAAUACCUGUGCCACCUCCGUCGGGAGAAGGUGUAACCAAUGGGUACAAAGGAGACACAACACCCAGCCUUCGACUUCUAUGUAGCAUUACAGGAGGUACUUCACCUGCACAGUGGGAAGACAUCACAGGCACCACUCCACUGACAUUCUCAAAUGACUGUGUCUCAUUCACAACCAAUGUUUCAGCCAGAUUUUGGCUUGCAGACUGCCAUCAAGUACUAGAAACGGUUGGGCUGGCAACACAGCUUUAUAGAGAACUAAUAUGUGUUCCUUACAUGGCAAAGUUUGUAAUAUUUGCCAAAAUGAAUGACCCUGUGGAGUCCAAUUUGCGGUGCUUCUGCAUGACUGAUGACAAAGUGGACAAAACUUUGGAGCAACAAGAGAACUUUGAAGAAGUGGCAAGGAGCAAGGACAUUGAGGUUCUGGAAGGAAAACCUAUUUACGUUGAUUGCUAUGGAAAUCUGGCCCCAUUGACUAAAGGAGGACAGCAGCUUGUUUUUAAUUUUUAUGCUUUCAAGGAAAAUAGACUGCCAUUCUCUAUCAAGGUACGAGACACCAGCCAGGAACCUUGUGGUCGACUAUCAUUUUUGAAAGAACCAAAGACUACAAAAGGACUGCCACAAACAGCUGUUUGCAACUUGAAUAUCACUUUGCCAGCACACAAAAAGGAAACAGAGUCAGAUCAAGAUGAUGAGACGGAGAAAGCCGACCGGCGCCAGAACUUUGUCUCCCUUGCUUUACGUAAGCGCUACAGCUAUCUGACUGAGCCUGGAAUGAUUGAACGGAGUGCAGGAGCAACAAGAUCCCUACCUGCUACUUACUCAUACAAGCCAUUUUUUUCAACCCGGCCAUAUCAGUCAUGGACAACAGCUCCAAUUACAGUGCCUGGGCAAACCAAAUCAGGCUUCACUUCCUUAUCAAGCUCUUCCUCUAACACUCCUACAGCUUCCCCAUUAAAAUCAAUAUGGUCUGUUUCCUCUGCUUCUCCAAUCAAAUCCACAUUAGGAGCUUCUACCACAUCUUCAGUUAAAUCUGUUAGUGAUGUAGCAUCUCCAAUUAGAUCAUUUCGGACAAUCUCUUCACCAAUAAAAACUGUGGUAUCGCAGCCUCCAUACAAUAUGCAGGUUACUUCAGGCUCUUUCGUCAGAGCUCCUGCAGUCACAGAAGCUGCUAGUCUAAAAGGGCUGGCAUCCACUACCACAUUCCCCUCUCGGACAUCUCCAGUGACUACAGCAGGGUCUCUCUUGGAGAGAUCAUCCAUAACCAUGACGCCUCCAGCAUCCCCCAAAUCCAACAUUAACAUGUACACUUCAAGUUUGCCACUUAAAUCGGCCAUCACAUCAGCAUCUUCACUUUUAUCGUCCCCUCUAAAGUCAGUGGUUUCGCCUGCUAAGGCAGCAGUUGAUGCUGUUGCAUCCUCUAAAGUCAUGAUGGCCUCGUCUCUCUCGUCACCAGCAAAACAUGUAGCUGGGCACACCGAUGUACCCUUGCUCAAUGGAUCUGUGUCACCUCUGAAAUACCCAUCUUCUGCCAACCUAAUAAAUGGAUCCAAAGCUGCAGCUGUUUUUCAAGACAAGAUUGCUGCAGCCGCACAUUCUGCGAGUUGUGCUGCUAAUGCAGUUGCUGACACGGCUGAGAGAGUGUUUUCAACAGCUACAACAGUGUCAUUUUCUCCACUCAGGUCAUUUGUAUCUACAGCACCAUCAGCUUUCCAGUCAAUAAGAACUCCUACCGCAGGUGCUUUGUACACAGCCCUUGGGUCAAUAUCUGCAACUACCUCAUCAGUAACUUCAUCGACAAUAACAGUGCCGGUAUAUUCUGUAGUCAAUGUUUUGUCUGAACCAGCAUUAAAGAAGCUCCCAGAGUCGUCUUCACUUACAAAAUCAGCUGCUGCGUUACUGUCACCUAUUAAAACAUUGACUACAGAGGCACGCACUCAGCCUCCCUUUAAUCGAACUUCAUCUCCAGUAAAAUCAUCCUUGUUCUUAGCACCCUCUGCUCUCAAGUUGUCCACACCAUCUUCUUUAUCCUCCAGUCAGGAGAUACUCAAAGAUGUUGCUGAAAUGAAAGAGGAUCUAAUAAGAAUGACUGCAAUAUUGCAGACUGAUGUUGCAGAGGACAAACCAUUCCAACCCGAGCUACCGAAAGAGGGUAGAAUUGAUGAUGAAGAGCCCUUUAAAAUUGUUGAGAAAGUGAAAGAGGACUUAGUAAAAGUUAGUGAGAUUCUGAAAAAAGAUGUGUGCUUAGAAAGUAAAGGGUCGGCUAAAAUAUCCAAAAGCGAUCAAGGACACCUGUCUGAGGAUGACUGGGUAGAGUUCAGUACAGAGGAGAUUGAUGAAGCGAGACAGCAAGCAUUGACAAGCCCUCCUAUAACUGUUCCAGAGAAGGUCCAAAUUAAAACUAAAACGGUGUCGGAAAAGGAUUAUAACUUGUCAAAAGUUAUUGAUUACUUAGCAAAUGAUAUUGGUAGCAGUUCGUUAUCAAACUUAAAAUACAAGUUUGAAGAGGGGAAAAAAGAAGGUGAAGAGAGACAAAAACGUGUUUUAAAGCCAGCCAUUGCUUUGCAGGAACAUAAACUCAAAAUGCCUCCAGCCUCCAUGAGGCCUUCAACAUCAGAAAAGGAGUUAUGUAAAAUUGCAGAUUCCUUUUUUGGAACGGAUACUAUUUUAGAGUCUCCAGAUGACUUUUCUCAACAUGAUCAAGAUAAAAGUCCCUUAUCUGACAGUGGCUUUGAAACAAGGAGUGAAAAGACACCUUCUGCCCCACAAAGUGCUGAAAGCACAGGGCCAAAACCACUUUUCCAUGAUGUACCCAUCCCUCCUGUCAUUACAGAAACAAGAACUGAAGUAGUUCAUGUUAUUCGCAGCUACGAACCAUCAUCUGAAGAAAUUCCUGAGCAGAAAGCAGAGGAGCUUCCAGCCUCAAAACCUGCUCCUACCUUUAUGGAGCUGGAACAAAAGCCUGCUGGAUCUAUUAAAGAGAAGGUUAAAGCUUUCCAAAUGAAAGCCAGCAGCAGUGAAGAUGAUGACCAUAAGUGUGUCCUUAGUAAAGGUGUCCGAGUAAAAGAAGAAACUCAUAUCACUACAACGACUAGGAUGGUUUAUCAUAAACCUCCAUGCACUGAAAGCACAUCUGAAAGAAUUGAGGAAACAAUGUCUGUUCAUGACAUAAUGAAAGCCUUUCAGUCUGGACGUGACCCUUCCAAAGAACUGGCAGGUCUGUUUGAACAUAAAUCCUCAGUAACAUCUGAUGUUAGCAAGUCUGCUGAAACUUCACCACAACAUGCAGAGAAGGACAGCAAAAUGAAACCCAAACUGGAGCGAAUAAUAGAGGUCCAUAUUGAAAAAGGUAAUCAGGCUGAACCUACUGAAGUCAUUAUUAGAGAAACAAAAAAGCAUCCAGAAAAAGAAAUGUAUGUAUAUCAGAAAGACUUACCUCGGGGAGAUAUUAACUUAAAAGAGUUGGAAAAACAUGAUGCUUUUCCUUGUUCAGACGAACAAGGUCAGCAAGAAGAAGAGGAGCUCACAGCCGAAGAGUCACUUCCGUCUUAUCUGGAAUCCUCUAGAGUUAACACUCCCGUGUCCCAGGAAGAAGACAGUCGCCCUAGUUCUGCUCAACUCAUGUCUGAUGACUCUUACAAAACACUGAAGCUUUUGAGUCAGCACUCAAUAGAAUACCAUGAUGAUGAGUUGUCAGAACUAAGAGGGGAGUCUUACAGGUUUGCUGAGAAAAUGCUUCUUUCAGAAAAGCUAGAUGUGUCUCAUUCUGAUACUGAGGAGUCAGUUACUGACCAUGCUCUACCCCUUAGUGCAGAGUUACAGGGGUCUGAUAAACGAUGCAGAGAAAAAGUAGCUACUGCCCCCAAAAGAGAGAUUAUCUCCAAAAUCUAUAAAGAUGUAUCUGAAAAUGGUGUAGGUAAAAUGUCUAAAGAUGAUCAUUAUGAUAAAGUGACAGUGUUGCACUACACUGGAGAUGUUAGUAGUCCAAAACAUGCGAUGUGGAUGCACUUUACUGAGGACAGAUUAGACAGAGAUAGAGAAAAGUUGAUGUAUGAAGACAGGGUGGACAGGACUGUUAAGGAGGCAGAAGAAAAACUGACUGAAGUGUCGCAGUUUUUUCGGGAUAAAACAGAGAAGUUGAAUGAUGAGCUACAGUCUCCGGAGAAAAAGCAGCAUAAAAAAAAUGGCAAAGAAAUACAUUCUAGCCAGAGCUCUGCCAGCAGCAGCCCCGAGAAAGUUCUGCUCUCUGAAAUGCCAUCAACCAGUGACGAACGGAGUAAGGUGAAGCAGUACGCACAUGAUGGGAAAUGCUUUCCUAAGGUGGAUGAAAGGAAAGCAUCCAGUUUGCCCAGCAGUCCUGAGAAAAGGAUUUUUGUGCAGCAUAUAGAGGACUCUAAAUCAACUAUGGAACACAAAGGAAGUGCUCAGCAGACUGGACUACCUGAGGCUUCGCAGACUGGAUUUCAGCUGAAGCAAUCAAAGCUCAGCUCCAUUAGGCUUAAAUUCGAACAGAGUAUAAGUCCAAGGAGUAAGGAUGUAACUCAAGAAGAAAAAAAGCCGGACAGUCAGUCCAAAAUUCCAGUAAAGAAAUUGCAAGAAAGUAAGUUACCAGUGUACCAGUUUUAUUCCAGAGAGAAACACACAAAACAAGUAGAGCCCACUGAUGGGAGCACAGCUUUACAGAAAGAGGUGAAAACCCGGGAAGAUGUUGGUCCAGGUAAAGGGAAAGCUGUCGAAGGCUUUCAUGCUUCAGACACACAAAAGCAAAGAACUGAGACGGGUAAAGGCAUUCCUGAGCACUUUGCAGAACCACAGGCAAAAGACUUGGUAUAUGGCUCAGACUCAACAAUGAAGGGACAUUGGGACAAAAAAAUUUAUAGGACGUGGGAAAGUCCUGGAACUUCUAAUCAUAAAACACAAAAAGAAAAACUUUCACAUGUGCUGGUUCCAGAUACAGUAAAAGAAAAUCAUGUUGAUCAUGCCGAAGCUAAAGCUGGCAAAAAAAGUGAAUUUAUCACUGUAACAGAGCACAAACUGGCAGCAAAUGGAAUUCAUUCAGACGAAGUGAAGGAAAUGACUGUAAAAUCUCCCUCAAAAAGGGUUUUAUACAGAGAAUUUGUUGUCAGAGAGGGGGAACGUAAUGGUGAAGUGGCUGAUAAAAUAUCCAGAAGGAAAGAAGAAAUUGCUGUGUCCCAUAUUCCAGUCAGAAUUGUUGAGGAGAAGAGAACCAUGAUUGAUGGUGUCUAUGAACUUUCAGCUAAAGUGUCCCAGUCAGCUGUGAUUAAGGAGAAAGUUGAGAAGCAGAUUGAUUAUGUGGAAGAUGAAAAAAGAAAGCAUUCAGAAAUCAGAAAAGUUACCAAGCAGCAGAGCUCAAUAGGUCUAAGUCCUCCUGUCGAGGAAACACAAAGAUCCCCUAGCAAGUCACCAGACUCUUUAGAAGGUAGUCCAGGAAAGGAAUCCCCUUCAAGUGAGUUAGCUGACACCGGUGGUAGUGAUUACUUGGAUAAAGUUGCACCACCAGUAAGCACUGAGGGAGGCAAAGAAAUUAAGACUUUACCUGUUUAUGUCAGUUUUGUUCAGGUAGGAAAGCAAUAUGAGAAAGAGGUGCAACAAGGAACCGUAAAAAAAAUUGUCAGUCAGGAGAGUAAGACAGUUCAAGAGACAAGGGGGACAUUUUACGCAGCCAGGCAGCAGAAACAGCCUCCUUCUCCACAAGGUAGUCCAGAAGAUGAUACACUAGAACAAGUGUCCUUUAUAGAUAGCUCUGGUAAAAGCCCUUUAACACCAGAAACACCAAGCUCAGAGGAAGUGAGUUAUGAGUUUACAUCUAAAACACCCGACUCACUCAUAGCUUAUAUCCCAGGCAAGCCCAGUCCUAUACCUGAGGUAUCUGAGGAAUCAGAAGAGGAAGCAGAGGUUAAGUCAGCAUCUGUAAAACAGGCAGAAGCUGAGGAACCACAGACUGACAAAGCAUUACCUAACCAUAUAAAUAAGGACUCUAACAAAAGACCCAAAGGUAACAGAGUUGCCUACAUUGAAUUCCCUCCUCCUCCACCACUGGACGCAGAUCAAGGCGAGUCAGAAAAGAAGCCUCAGUAUUCCACUGAGAGUGAAAUGGAGAUGACAGAAGUGAACUUGCAAGAUGAACAUGACAAAUGCCAACUGGCUGAACCUGUCAUAAGAGUACAGCCACCAUCUCCUGUGCCACCGGGAGCAGAUGUCAGUGACUCCAGUGAUGAUGAGUCUCUCUAUCAACCCGUUCCUCUUAAGAAGUAUACAUUCAAACUGAAAGAACUGGAAGAUGACCAGAAAGAAACAUCAAAACCCAGAGCCCCUGAGAAAACUGAGAAACAGAAAGAGUUAGGACAUCCCACUUCAGGGAAACCGAAUGAGUUUGACAUUGGGCUUGAUUCACCCCAGAACGAUGUAGUGCAAAAUGGGAAUAAUAAUGACCAGUCUGUCACAGAGUGUUCCAUAGCAACCACUGCAGAAUUCUCCCAUGAUACCGAUGCAACCGAGAUUGACUCUCUUGACGGUUAUGAUUUGCAAGAUGAAGAUGAUGGUUUAACUGAGAGUGAUUCUAAACUUGCAGGUCCGGCAGUUGAAACCAAAAAGGACGUAUGGACUACAGAAGGCAUUCUAAAGCAGACUGAUCGCUGCUUUAGCCAGAGUAAGCUUGAAGUCAUUGAGGAGGAAGGCAAGGUAGGCCCUGAAGAAGACAAGGCACCUUCGAAGGGUCCAGCUUCUGAAAAAGCCAGAGAUAAGACUGAACAGAAGUCAGGGGCACAGUUUUUCACUUUGGAAGGCAGACAUCCUGACAGGACUGUAUUUCCCGAUACAUAUUUCAGUUAUAAAGUAGAUGAAGAAUUUGCAACACCUUUCAAAACGGUGGCCACCAAGAGUCUAGAUUUUGAUCCAUGGUCCAAUAACCGAGGUGAUGAUGAAGUGUUUGAGACUAAAUCAAGGGAUGAUGAGGCUAAGCCAUUUGGUCUGGCAGUGGAAGACAGAUCUCAAGCAACAACACCUGACACAACUCCAGCCAGAACUCCAACAGAUGAAAGUACUCCAACUAGCGAGCCCAACCCCUUCCCAUUUCAUGAAGGGAAGAUGUUUGAGAUGACUCGCAGUGGUGCAAUUGACAUGAGCAAGAGGGAUUUUGUUGAAGAAAGACUCCAAUUUUUUCAGAUUGGUGAGCAUACUUCUGAAGGGAAGUCAGGGGACAAGGGGGAAGGGGAUAAAAGUACAAUCACUGCCAUCACACAGCCACAGGCAGGGGACAGCACUGUAGAAACAAACCUAGAGAGACCAGUAGAAACAACAGCAGUUGAACAUAAGCCCAUCAUCCAGGCCAGUGGAGAUUGCAUGGAACAAACACUUGGUAGUAACUCACUGGAAAAGUCAUCGGCAGCGGUAAAUGCUUCUAAAGUUGAUCCCAAAUUGCGCACACCAAUUAAAAUGGGAAUUUCUGCUUCCACCAUGACUCUGAAGAAAGAUGGCCCUGGCGAAGUGACAGAUAAGAUAGAAGCUGUGAUGCCAAGUGGUCAGGGAUUAGAAAAUGAAACUGUAGCAGUGAUUACGAGUUCAGCCUCUAGCCAGACAAGCUGUAGGCAAACAGAAAACACUGAUUUUCCAAAAGAUAAUUUUAAUAACAACAACAAUUUGGAUUCAUCUGCUGUCCCUACAGAUGAUAUUACCUGUAAUGUAGUGCUAAAAGAACAUUUGGAACCGAAAUGUUCCCUCCAGAAAGCUAAUCAAGCAAAAAGCACUUCAGGAAAAGGUACAGGGACAACCCAAGGACACAGAGUAAGAGAUAAGCAAAAACCACAUGGAGAGCAGCAAAAGUCAACCGAGUUGAUAGAGGCUAGAGGAAAAUCAAAGCUUCCUGUAAAGGCCAGCUCAGUAAAAGAAGCCUUUUCACAGAAUAUUCUUCAAAGCAAUACAGGGAGUAAAGUGAGAGGGGCUAGUAAGCCUGACAAAGCAAAACAAAAUAAUUCUUCUCCUUGCCUAGAAUCAAGGUCUAGGAUUCCUGUAAAAAAUGCACAUAGGAGUAAUGUAGCUAGAAGAACUCCAGCCCUGCCAAAACAAGAGCAGGUAGAGAAAGAAAAAGAAAAAACAAAACAGCUUCCUUCUAAAUUGCCAGUAAAGGUAAGAUCUACCUCCGUCACCAUGACAACAGUUAAAGUAAGGAAAAAUCAGCUUAGGGAGGUAUGUAAACAUUCUAUUGAAUAUUUUAAGGGCAUUAGUGGUGAGACAUUAAAGCUUGUGGAUCGUCUAUCUGAUGAAGAGAAAAAGAUGCAGUCAGAGGUCUCUGAUGAUGAUGAAGAAGACAGUACAUCAAGGAACACAUCCUUAUCAGAAGCUACUCAAGUUUACCAGCCUUCCAUUACAUCGAAGUCUGCUAGAGACAUGAGAACAGAGGCAGCAUCUAUAAAAUCAAAGAUUGAAAAGGCCGACAGUGAGAGGAGGAGGAGUAAGAGGACUGGUCCACAGAGUCCAUGUGAACGGACAGAUAUAAGGAUGGCAAUUGUAGCUGAUCACCUAGGACUUAGCUGGACAGAACUGGCAAGAGAACUGAAUUUUUCGGUUGAUGAAAUAAAUCAAAUCCGAGUAGAAAACCCAAAUUCUCUUAUUGCACAAAGCUUCAUGUUAUUAAAAAAAUGGGUUACCAGAGAUGGGAAAAAUGCUACAACUGAUGCCUUAACUUCUGUAUUGACAAAAAUUAAUCGAAUAGAUAUCGUGACCCUGUUGGAAGGACCAAUAUUUGAUUAUGGAAAUAUUUCAGGCACCAGAAGUUUUGCAGAUGAAAAUAACGUUUUUCAUGAUCCCAUUGAUGGUUGGCAGCCUGACUCAUCAAGUGUCACCGAGACACCAACAUUGGGACGCAGAAUAGGUGGUAGCCUGCUAGAUCGCUUGGAUGAUAGCUCAGACCAACGUAGGGAUUCUCUUACCUCAAAUGGCAAAGGAGAAGCAGGGAAGCCAGAAACAAACGGAAGCCUCUCUGAAUCCACAGCAGAGGCAAAAACUAAGUCCUGCAUCCAGGAAUCUUUAAAGGAUGUGGGAAAACAGAGUGACAAAGAAGGCCUGAGAACAAAGCCUCACAUUUCAGCUGGUACUGACGAGCAAAUAUUAUCAUCAACAGCAUAUCAGAAAUCUUUGGAAGAGACUACCAUGCUAACAACAGAAGGCAACAAAACAUCUGUGCCUGUCAGUGUGAAGAAGAUGAACUGGAGUACUUCUGAGGAUGGCAAGCCAAGAACGAGCAUCCAGGAGGAGGAGGGAGCAGUAAUGUCUGAACAGAAGGAAUAUAGUGAGAGUGACAGUGAGACUGAGAGUAACUCGAGCUCAGGUGAAGAGCAGAGAAUUACUACAAGAGUUUAUCGACGACGGUUUAUUCUGAAGGGUGAGGAAGCAAAAAACAUUCCUGGUGAAUCUGUAACAGAGGAACAGUUUACUGACGAAGAAGGCAACGUCAUCACGAGAAAAAUCACCCGGAAGGUAGUAAGACGCGUUGUUAUCCCCCAUGAGAGGAAAGUUGGUGAAAUGCAGGGAGAAGCUUAUAAAGUUAAGACAAAGAAAGAAGUCAGACACAUGGAGAAGAAAAGUUACUCAUGAAAGCUGAAAACCAUCUACUGAAUGGACUGUGUGCUUCUACUGCCAGUAUUCUAGAGGGACACUCACAGAAGAAAAAUCAACAGGAAUUAAACAUUCACCUAUAAAAGUGUGCGUGUGUUUGCUGCUUCCACACAUUAACCGCAUGGUUUUUAUGCAAAAACAAACAAACCAAAAAACCAAACAAAAAAAGUUAAUUUAGCAUGAGCCAAUUUACAGAGCAUGGAAAUUCACGUUCAUUCACAGGAUUGGAGGGUGCACAGUUACCAAUGCAGUGUAUAUACAAGACGCCGUGCUGUUAACAGCUUCUUUCAAGCAGUUUGAUGUCAUCUCAAAAGAAAUAAAUUCCUGUGGCCAGAAGGGAUGUAUGAAGACAAAAUGGUUAAACCAUGGAAAGACACUAAAAUUACUAAAAUCCACAACAGCUCGCCUUAUUUUUCUUGGACCCAAACUGUCAGGGUAUAAAACACUACUUGUUUCUUUUUUAAACAUCAAUAGUUUUGCUGUAAAUAAAUAACACUGUAUAAAUUCUAACAAAAUAGAAUAAAUGUUGAUAAGGCACUGCCUUUUCGAUCACAAACAAUAUUGCAAAUGCAUUGAGCAGGCUAGGUGUCUCAGAUGGCUGCACCUACAGGGAUAUUCUGGGUGUAUCUUCACAGAUUCUUGUAUAUUAGCAAUUAUAAUGUUUGUAUAUGCAAAAACGCUAGCUUGAUUUUAAAAAAAUCUUUAAAAUCUGCUGCAAAUUUAAAUGAUUCCCAAAAUGAGGAAUUCUGUAGUUCUGUGAAAAUUUUUCUUCAGAGUACUAAUAUUUUGAUGCAUGUGUUUCACCUUAUUUUGAUUAAAUCUUUUCCAGUUUUGCAAACACUAUUCCGCAACAUGAAAAAUAAGAUUUUAUCUGUAAACACAAAGCCCUUCAUCUAAUAUUUGUUGCUGUUGCCAAUUUUUCAAUGAAAUUACCUAAAACCCAUAACAUAUACAGUAGUUGCAUUAUGGGGAGGGGGUGCUAUCUGUUCUUGCUUUAUAACGGGGGUAAUGCUUGCAGCUUUAGAAGUGGGUUGGUGCUUCAAGGAGCACAAGUUUGGGAUAUUUUUAAAUGAACUGAAGAGAAAUUAUUAGCUAAUAGACUGGCAGCACGCUGUAAAAUUAUUACUGUAUUGUGUACUGGCUAUAAGAUGUAGAAUCUUUCAGUAAGCCAAUCAUCUGUAAUCAUCCUAGCAGUGUAAUAUUAGGUUGUUAAGGCUGCUGUGUUUUAAAGGGCAUUUUUAUUUGGGUUUUGGUGAAAUACUUUAAUUUGUUGAUUAUAUUCAUAUGGAAACAGCAUUCAUUGAUAAUAGCUCUAAUUACAUAUGUAUGAAAACAACAAACACUGGAUGAUCUAGUUGAUUAUUUAAGCAUAAAAUAAAUUGUGUUAAAACUC